AACUUGUUAACCGUAAGGCUAUAAGGCUGUGCAGCCAUCCACUUUACCGUCAAUGGAUACGCCCACGGUUACUACUAAUAUCGCAAGUCUCUCUCGUUGGGUUGACCAGGACACUACAAAGUGUAGACGGGAUAUACGAUUCAAAGCCGCCUCAAUAAGGGGAUAACGACUUCGACGGAUACCUGCAAUGGCUCCUGCUCCAACGAGCCAUGACACCAAAGAGCAGGUACCAUUGAUACCCCUAAAAUCCCCACAACAAACCACAUCAUUGCCCGCUACAGCAGCCAACUUUCUCCAUCGCCACACUGCACCAAAAUCCGACUCAACCGAGACCGAAGACCGACGAAAUGCUUCGUAUGCGGAGUUGCCCCAGAGAGACUCGGACGAUCGAGAUGAGCGAAUGUACCCAUCGAAGAAUGCCUAUUCCACAGUACACCGAGGUUCCCUUUCCGGAGGCGAGGGAACCAAUGGAAAAGCUACCAAAGGCUUUUCAUGGUUGCCAUACGCCCUUCAGUGGCCAUGGAUGGCGCUCACGAUAUCAUCGGGGAUAUCUCUAUUGAUUGUCGUGGUGGCAUUGCACUCUUGUUCGGUAAAGUCUUCUGGAUUGGCGGACGAUUCAGGAGCAACUUCAUUGUAUUUUGGCUGGCGGUUUGCGCCAACAAUGUUAGCCGUGCUAUUUGUCACGAUGCUCAUGGUCCUUCUUGAUGCAGUCAAAAGAACCGAACCCUUUGCACGUCUGUCCAGCAACACCAAUUCCACAGCAGAUGCAACGAUACUUCGGUCUCCUGGUCCAUGGUGGACCACUCUAGUGGACAGCUUUCCGCGCAAAGCAAACGAUCACCACUUCAGCCCAACCAUGAUGUGUGCUACAAUUGCUUACUUAGUCGGUCUUCUGGUUCUAUCGCCGUUUUCUGCGGCAUUGCUUGCACCUAAAAACGUCGCUCUAUCAGAAGCAAGAUCAUUCAAGCGGGUACGCCUCGGUUCAGGGUCUACUGUUGAGCCCAGACUUGAUACCGUAGAGUACCUCCAUACUAUUGGGCACAUGCUCCAGAAUGUCACUACCUCCCCAUGGAUAUCGGACGAAUACUCAGUCUUACCAUUCUGGCCCAUCGAAAUUGAUCGUCCUUCUGGGUCCAGAUUCCCUGAUCUGAGGGAGACCUGGGAGGCAGAAAGCCUAGUCUUUCAAUCUGAUCUUGUUUGCGAGGAUCUCAAGCUGACCAGUGGCCCGUUGAUGAUGAAUUAUACGCACUAUGUCGAGUAUUAUUUCGAAAAUAAAACCCUGAACACGAACUUCACCAUGAGCCAAGAUUUAGUUUCCCUACUACUGGAAACCGACUCGGGCUGCAAAUUUGGCUUCUCGUAUCCUCGAUUCGAUAGCAUAGACUCCUAUCCCGGAAGUGUUUUCUGGACUGACGUUGCAAGGAUGAACGUUGAGUCUAUGAGUUCCGGAUGCAUAUACACUAACGAAUGUAAAUCGGCUCAAAAGUCCCAGUUAUUGAACCAUACGAGCGAAUGCACACCUGGCGAAGUUAUGUUCAUGAUGACGGCUAACUCGACAAAUCCAAGAACGAAGAUCGCUGGCCAAUUAUGCCGACCGCACUUUUACGUAGCGACUUUGCCCGUCACUGUCUCCAUUGACAAUACUGCCACUGUAUUCACCUUCGACGAAGCAUCAUUUCUCCAGGCCAGAAGCCCUAUUGGAUAUGAUAUAGCGAACAUCUCGACUUUCCAAAGCGAAUUUUUGAAUUCCACAUGGGACGCUCACCUGAAGUCGGUUUCGAAAUUUGCUCAGACGCGACCGCUACUGGGUGGUCCCGCACGUCUCCUCGCCGCCCAAUAUGGCUUCAACGCGUCUGAGGUACUCAGGGAUACCGGGAUGAUAGAGAAAGCAUCAAGACUCAAGCAGCGUGCUUUUGGGCAAGCACUGCUAUCCUCGUUGGAUGGAAUAUCGACAACAGCUCAAAUUGACGGUCGUGUCUUCACGGUUCGGCGCCGCAUAGUGGUCAACGAAGCAGUCGCACUAACCUUAGAAGUGGUUCUAGGUUCAAUAGUGUGUCUCUUGGUCGUGGUCUUCUGGUUCUCUCGUUCCCAUCGGCGACCUCUCGGCCUAGCAGAGGACCCGGCAUUCACGAAUACAGUGGCUUCUCUCAUUGCUACCCAGGAAAAGACAAAGGCAAUACUACAAAGCGUUCCUGGUGCCGUUUCACAACAACUCUCGACAGAGCUAAGCCACUUGAGAUUCAAAGUAGCCACUGGAUUGCUCCAAAAUAGUGCCGAUAAUUCGAAGAGCGAGGAAGCCGUCCCGCACAAACAUGUUGCCUCGAACAUAGACUCUGAAGCACGAUGGAGGCCAAUGAUGCUAUCUACCCCCAUGACUGGACUUUUGACAAUUGUACUCGGAAUCUUCAUAGUUGCUAUGGCUGUACUUUUCUAUCACUCGCAGAAAUAUGGACUUUUCGGCUCCUUCAUGACCCAAGUUACCAUUGGUAACGAAGAGGAUCCACUCGCCAGGUUCGCUCCGUAUUCGGUCAUACCGACUCUUCUCGCUGUUUUGAUUGGACUGUGGUGGGGGGCAUUGGAAACGGUUUUUAGGAUGGCACAACCGUUCGUUGCUAUGGCCGAGCGACCUACUACCAGCGCCAGAGGUAGCGGGCUUUCCUACCAGUCCUCAUACUUGGCCUGGGCGGCUACAAGGGCGAUCCACAGAAAACAUUGGCUGCUUGGCCUCGUUUGUAUUGGGGCUUCGCUAUCCCAGAUAUUCACUGUCACAAUGUCUGCUAUCUGGCAAAGAGAAACAGAUCUCAAAUUCGACAGUAUAGAGGUGGCGCGAACACUUCAACUACGAGAAGUCCCUCAUCUUAGUUCCGGAGACAGCUACAAGGGUUCAGGUUUCAAGACUAUCAUAGUAGGAACUACCUUUGAGAAUCUAACGACAAACUGGAUGUACAGUGCUACUCUCCAACUGUCGCUCAACGCGUCCGAGCCGGUGUGGAGCAAAGAUGGUUGGAGCUUUGUUCCAGUCACAACCUGGAACGCAACCCACAACAAUAAGAAUCGAGUACGCAAGAAUGGCUCAGACUCGCUUCAAUCAGGAUCGAAGGUUUCUGUCGAUGUCCCGGCCAUCCGUGCCAGAAUGGAUUGCUCGGCCCUCGGACAACAAUUAGACCAGUCUAACUGGCUCACGAGGCAAAAUAUGACUGACGGCAUAUGGAACCAGACAGAUCUUACCAAGGCCUGGAAACAGGGUUACACGAUUGGUUGCAGCAGCGACCGUUACGGUUCUCCCAUCAACUUCCGCCUCAAUACGUCCAGUCUGGAUCCUUGUGAGCCUUUGGAUUGGUAUACCUCUCUGCUGCCUGCUGGCUUUCCUGAAAAAUGCUGUACUGGCAGUUCAGACUUGCGGCCAGGCUUUGCUUCCGUUGGUUACUGGUCUCCCAUUCACCAUGUACGAUAUGAGGAUACACGGAACUUUACGAUCAAAUGGGUUCAUGGGUCAUCUCCCGAAAAGUUUCCAACAAACACGACCACCGAUGUGAUCGUCUGGCCAGAGCCACCGAAAAUGUCGAUAUUGACAUGUAAACCGUUGAUAGAAGCAGCGAAUGCUAGCAUUGUACUCGAUCCCUUCACCGACCGUGUGGAGAAUUACACGAUUAAAGACGAGCCAAAGCCUUAUGCCCUGGCAUGGGCGGACCACUUCAAGCAAUCUAGACACCCAGACCACCCAAAUAAGUACGAUUAUACCUACAACUACACAACCAGCUUUGGACACAUAUUCGUGGAAUCUCUUCUGAACGCUGCGCAACUCGACAUGAUCGGAGGUUGUCAGGGUUCAUUGGGAGGACAUUACAAAUGCGAAGAAAAGUCCACCGACGAGACAUUCAACAUCAAGAGGCCGGGUCUCAAUCUCGACUACAUGUCCUACGCCAUGCUUUCACAGUCGGGAAACAAUCCCGAAGCCCUCCUUGACCAUACGGUGCUCGAAGAUGCCGCGCAAAAGACGUUCACAACCUUCUUCCAGCACUUUGCAAGCAGCAACGUCAACUUGUAUCAACUAGGCAAUCGUGUCUUCCAGUUGCCCGACGAGACACUUCCAUCAGACGUCCCUCGCCCCAGUAACGACAACACCGUCAGCGCACCCUCCAAGGCGUCUCCAAUGCACGACCCAAAAGCCACCCUCACCAUAUCCACCGAAAUCGAAACCCUCCGCAUGUCCGCCUUCGCCGUGUGGACAUGCAUAGCGAUUCUCGCCUGGCUCAUCGUCACAAGCAUCCUCAUCCUCGUCUACAAGCACCGCUACUUCUCGCCCCUCCUCCGCGGCGUAGACACCCUCGCAGACGUAGCCAUCAUGCUAGCGAGCAGCGACCGCUUUCUAAGCCUUGCGCAGCAGAAAGGCGCGUCCGGGCUAAGGGCCGACAAGACGUUCCGAACGCGCCUCGGCUGGUUCCGAUCCAAGGACGCGAGGCACGACGACAUUCACUGGGGCAUCGAGCUCGCUGACGACGGCGAGAUUGAGUUCCUGCAUGAGCGCGAGGCUAAGGAGAUUCUGGCGGAGAAGCAGCGGCGGCGAGAUGGGUCGCGGCGUCGUUCUGAGAGCGCGUUGAGUGGUGGGGACUCGAUGUGAGGGUUUUAUCUUUUUCUGUUUGAUGAUACCCAGUCAGCCACCUUAGUGAUGAUAUAUAUAUAUAUAUAUAUAUGCAUAUACCAAAAGCUAUUGACACAAAAUACAAAAGAGAAACAAAGCACAUACAGACGAGAAAUAAUAUAGAGUUAAUUCAUGCAAUUCGUUUAUAUUCGUAUAAUUCGUUCCGUUCCGUUCCUUUCCUUUACAGCUCGUUCAGUGAUGUGAUUGAUGAUGCUAUGAUACGCCUACCUCAUCUCAUCUUUAUCUUCGUUUAUCAUGUAUGUAUGCAUAUGCAAACGUUUUUUUGUUUAAAAGAAAAAACAAGGAAAACACACUUCCCCUCAUC